AGCGAUUCGAAGUUCCUCCAGUCAUGGGAUUUGAAAUUUUCGCCAUGUGGUUGGUCUGGACUGACAUGCAUCUAUGGCAUUAGCAUCGUGAAGCUAGAUCUUGGAGAAAAGAGGAUUACUGGAACAAUUCCAUCAACAAUAUGCCAACUCAAGAACCUUACCGUGAUUGAUCUCUCCAACAACAACAUAUCUGGGGCCAUACCAGCUAGCCUGAGGGACUGCUCAAAGCUACAACAUUUGGACCUGUCCAACAAUUCUUUGACAGGCCGAAUUCCAGGUCACUUGUUCCAAUUGCAGUAUUUGCAUCACUUGUCACUAAGUCACAACCACUUGUCGGGUGCGAUACCUGAUGCAAUAAACUUGUUUAGUUUGUCUGAUAUGGACCUUUCUCAUAACCAAUUGAGUGGAUCUAUACCGAAGGGACUUGGUGAUUUACCUAGAUUGUAUGUUUUGGAUUUAUCUCAUAAUCAGUUAUCAGGAAACAUUUCGGAGAAUUUAGAUCAUCUUAGGCGGCGUAUAAAGACCCUUAGGCUUUGCUCCAACAAAUUCAAAGGGAGAAGCUCUGUUGAAUUUUUGAGGCUAACAUUUGAACAGAAUUGCUUUGAUGAAUCCAACCUUUGUUCCAAUAACUCUUUCCCUGGCUUACCGAGCUGUUCUUCUGGUGAUAAGGUUCUAAAAUUUAUGAGAGAAAAACACUUCAUUAUCAUAAUUCCUGCUGUGGGUGUUGGACUAGCUAUACAGUUAGUAUGGAUCUUUUAUAUAGUCAGAAAGCAUUGCUUGAAAACGAAGAAGCAAAAUUCCAAAGAGGACUUGAGGUUCAUUACAUUUCACAAGCUUAAGAUAACUAAGGAGGACAUUUUAUCUAGCUUGAAAGACGAAAAUGUAAUUGGACAUGGAGGAUCAGGGAAGGUCUAUCGGAUGGCGAUCAAUCAAACUGGAGACACCUUUGCUGUCAAAAGCAUAGGGCAUGACAAAAGAUUAGGUGAAAAAUUCCCAAAGGAUUUUCUGGCAGAAGUUCGAAUACUUGGUCGCAUUCGACACAGAAACAUUGUCAAGCUCUUUUGCUGCAUCUCUAGCACAGACAAAAACCUUCUAGUCUAUGAAUACUUUGAGAAACAAAGCCUGGACAAAUGGCUACGAAGAAAGAAAAGAGCAGUAUCCCCAGGUCAAAGUAGCAUCCCAUCCCUGGAUUGGCAAAAGAGAUUAAAUAUAGCCAUUGGUGCAGCUCAAGGGCUCUGCUACAUGCACCAAGAUUGCAUUCGACCCAUCAUUCAUAGAGACAUUAAGUCAUGCAAUAUCCUUCUGGACUCAGAAUUCAAUGCAAAAAUAGCAGAUUUUGGACUAGCCAAAAUACUAGCCAGGCAGGAUGAUGAUCCUGAAACAGCUUCUGCUGUUGCUGGAACUUUUGGUUACAUUGCCCCAGAGUAUGCCUCGACAUUCAAAGUGAAUGUGAAGACAGAUAUCUAUAGCUUUAGAGUGGUGCUAUUAGAACUGACAACGGGGAGAGAACCCAUUAUCCGGGAUGAGCAAAUGAAUCUAGCACAAUGGGCUCAAAAGCGUUACAGAGAGGGAAAUUCUAUCGCGGGUGCUCUUGAUGAAGAAAUCAUGGAAGCAAGUAAUUUGGAACAAAUGACAUGUGUUUUUAAAUUAGGACUGAUGUGCACUGUAGCAUCACCAUCUGGUAGGCCAUCAAUGAAGGAGGUUUGCUACAUUCUUCAAAGCUGCAGAGACCCCACUCUUUGAGGGGGUAGUCUUACAUCAACAAACAUAGUUGUAAUUUGCAAAUAUAAAAUACAAUCAGAAAUCCAUAAUGAUAACAAUAUCUUACAGAGAUUUAUACUAUCAGUCCUGUGCUUUAUACCCAACUUGUUUGGGAUAGAGGCAUAGUUAUUAUAGCUUUUGUUGUUCUAUCAGUCCUAUGCUUUCCGGGUAUUCAACUUCACUGAUAUACUAAUAGAACUGUCAAUUUAGUUGGACUGACCAAAA